AUGGGCAGCACCAUGGAGCCCCGCGGGGGCGGGUACCUGCACCUGGGCGCGCUGACCUCCCCCGUGGGCACGGCCCGAGUGCUGCAGCUGGCCUUCGGCUGCACCACCCUCAGCCUGGUGGCCCACCGUGGCGGCUUCGCGGGCCCGCAGGGCGCCUUCUGCAUGGCCGCCUGGGGCUUCUGCUUCGCCCUCUCGGGCCUGGUGCUCGGCUGCGAGGUGACCCGGCUGCACUGCUGCCUGCGCCUCUCCUGGGGCAACUUCACGGCCGCCUUCGCCAUGCUGGCCGCGCUGCUGUCGGCCACGGCCGCCGUCCUCUACCCGCUGCACUUCGCCCGCCUGCAGUGCCCGCCCGCGCCCGCGGGCUGCGCCGCCCGGGACUUCCGGCUGGCCGCCAGCGUCUUCGCCGGGCUGCUGUUCCUGGCCUACGCGGCCGAGGUGGCCCUGACCCGCGCCCGGCCCGGCCAGGUGGCCAGCUACAUGGCCACGGUGUCCGGGCUCCUCAAGAUCGUCCAGGCCUUCGUGGCCUGCAUCGUCUUCGGGGCGCUGGCCCAGGACGCCGCCGGCUACCGGCGCUACGCGGCCACCCAGUGGUGCGUGGCGGUCUACGGCCUGUGCUUCCUGGCCACGGCGGCCGUGGUGGCGCUGAGCGUGCUGGGCCACGCGAGCGGCCCCUUCGAGCACGCCGUGGCCGUCUACACCUUCCUGGCCGUGCUGCUCUACCUCAGCGCCGCCGUCGUCUGGCCCGUCUUCUGCUUCGACCCCAAGUACGGCGAGCCCCGGCGGCCGCCCGACUGCGCCCGCGGCCGCUGCGCCUGGGACAGCCGGCUGGUGGUGGCCAUCUUCACCUACGUCAACCUGCUGCUCUACGUGGCCGACCUGGCCUACUCCCAGCGGAUCCGCUUCCUGCCCGCCCCGUAG